AUGAACACUUCGGCCAAGGGAUUUGGGCCUGCUCGGCAUUUCGUUCCGGCAUCCUCAACAGAAUUUGGGUUGCAGGAAGAAAUUCAAACCAAGUUUCGGCUGCUCAGUUGGAACGUGCUUGCGCCGUCAUGGGACAACCUGGGUACCAAACAAUCCAACUGGCAUUCCAGAUGGGCACGCAUUUUGCAAGAAGUGCGGGUUCGAAAACCAGAUGUAAUGGUGCUGCAGGAAGUUGAAGUGCUGAUAUAUGACGACCAAAUCCAACCCUUCUUCAAAGCUCGAGGAUACCUCAGUGUGUACACCGGGGUUGAUUCUGGGGUUGGCGUUGCUGUGUUUUGGAGAAGUUCAAAAUUUGAACUCAAAAGUGCGACGGAUUUCGAACUGAGCACCACCAAAUUGACGCCAUGGCGAUCCCUUUUGGACGGAAGUUUCAAUAAGCAGCAGCGAGAAAGAUACGCAACAAAGAGCAACAUGGUUCUAUUUGUCAUCCUGACAUGUGUAGGGCAGGAAGAAGUACGACCUCACGCUAUCAUGAUAGGCGCAGUCCAUCUAACCGCGAAUCCAGCUCACCACAAACCUCUCCUGAUGGACGUGCAGUUGUUCGAGACAAAUGUCUUGUUGGAUGGGAUGCAAGAGAUCAUCAAACAAGAACGGCUGAAAUAUUCAAGUUUGAACUGCAUUUUGGCAGGUGAUUUUAAUGUACCGCAUUUCUUUCCUGAGAGCGUGUUCAAAAGCAUGACGCGACAUAUUGAAAAUCCAGCUGGUUCCUGGGAAGAGCCAUCAUCGGAUGAAGAAUCGUUGCCAAGUCCCGUGUACGAACUGCUGACCAGAGGAAAUUUGACCGCUGAAUCCAUUGGUUUUUUGAUGACUGCUAUAAAGGCCUCUGGUUUCCACCCAUCGAUCUUGCUACAAGGCUCUAUCUAUGACAUGCUGGUUUUGGACCGAUCUCCAAACGUCUUUAUCAGCGCCUAUGCAAAGGUCAUUGGCACAGAACCCAUUACAAAUGAGGGAGGCACUUUAGACUUUGUGUUCUUCAUGCCACAGCAACGUCGUUCCGAUCAUUCUCGACCUGCUCGCUUGGCAGUUUUAGUGCAAGUGAAAAGAACCUCUCUGGUGAGAAGUUUGGGUUCAGAUCAUCUGCCACUCGUGGUGGACUUUGGUUUGGUGACUCCGCUCCGAAAAACUUCGAUGCCUACCACAGCUGCGACAGCUGCGGUCCCAGCGCCUGUUCCUGAAAACGCCUCCGCAAUCUGUUCGAAGUCUGAUGUGUUGGAAGCUGUUCGGCAGUUGGAAUCUCAAGUCUCCAAUUUGAAGACCCAUCUUUCUCGGCCUCAGAUGCCUCAGCCAGCUAAAGAAUGUCCAGGGCUUCUGCCAGAACUGCGGCUCUUCUUGUAUGCCUCAACGUGUGCUUCCAUGCUUAUGGCCGCAUCCGUGUUGCACCUUGGCUUUCCAAGUAGCACCAGUUUGUACUUUGACCUUUUGCCUUUUGCUAUUACCGACGCGAUGUCUAAGCGGUACAGCGAAGAAGAACUGAAAUUGGCAACUGAGAACUUUGACCGGAAAUGUUUGCUUGGCGCUGGAUCCUUUGGCAAAGUGUACAAAGGAACCAUGAGGGAUGGCACGGAAGUGGCUAUCAAGGUUCUGCAGGUGCCCAACGAAGGAGGCUUCGAAGAUGAGGUGCGGGUCCUGUCGCGAUUCCGUCAUCCCAACCUGGUGAUCCUCAUGGGCUUCGCCAGGCACGCGGAGACAGGAUGGAGGAGUUUGAUCUAUGAGUUCCUGUCGGGUGGUGAUGCGGCCAAGCGGAUUGCACGAAGCCGACAUUCCAUGGAGCCAUUCAGCGCCAGGGCAAGAGUGAGUACAGCCUUGGAUGCGGCCUGUGGCCUGUCCCACUUGCACAAUAUGACGCCAAGGGCUUUCCACCGGGACAUCAAAUCCCAGAAUAUUCUGUUGGACAAGAAUGGCACUGCCAAAAUGGCCGACUUUGGAUUGGCUUGUUUGUCCAGUGCUUCCAAGCACAAGGUCUUGAGAGUUGGAGGAACUGUCGGCUAUGCCUGCCCAGAGUACCUGCGCAGUGGUGUCAUUACUGAAGGCUGUGAGGUCUACAGCUUCGGGAUGGUUCUCUUGGAGUUGUUGACAGCUGCACCCCCGGCCGUGGCCUAUCCCGACCGACCCAAGGAAUACCAAUUCCUGGUUGACUAUUUGCAAGGCAGCUCAGAGAAGGUCCAGCAAAUGCUCGACCCCAGCGCUGGCUUCCCAACCAAAGUGUUCGAGGCGCUUUGUGCUAUCGCUUUUCGAUGCAUAAACCCUCGCAGUUGCAGCCGGCCCUUCUUCAAGCAGCUUGUGGAGGAGUUGCGACACCUCCUUUCAGAUGGCUUUGAUGGGAUCGCAACAUCACCAACUUCAGCACCAUGGGUGGCGCGACCAGCACGGCCGACAGCUGCACUGUGUGUUGGUGCUGCUGUGGAGGCACGGUGGCAAGGUGGUCUCCAGUGGUAUCAAGGUUGGAUUCUUAGAUUGAACAAUGAUAACACAGCUGCGGUCCGCUACAACGAUGGACAGCUGGAAGAGAAUGUGCCCAUGCAUUUCCUUCGGCCCCAAGGGAGCUACCGAAUUGCUUCGCAAGUGGCAGGUCCAACGACGGUGGUCACAGCGCUGCCUUCCUGCAUGCUGAAAUGCUUGUAUGCUGAAGGUGUCACAGUGGAGUCGCAGGAGUGUCUGCGCUCUGUGCCGGACAGCUUGGAGCUGGUGGUGGGCAGAACUGCGCAGCCGCCAUCCUUCUGGGACGCUCUUGUUCCUGAGAAGGAUCUUCAAAACAGGGUUUCACGCCAGCAUUUCAAGAUCCUUUGCCGCCAGCUGCAGCUUCCUGAUGAUCAAAGUCAUCCAGUGCUGUUUCUGCAGUGCCUAUCUCCCAAUGGCCUUGUUUUGAACGGCCGCUUUCUGGGGCCGGAUGCUGGCGAGCAGAGACUACAAGACAAAGAUGCCAUAGCCCUGGCAACCUGCAGGGCAUCCGAGGGUGCCAUGUCGGAGCCGGUGAGUGAUGCAUCUGUAGCGACGGCGGCUUUGUGGACAGUGCCAGCCCUGAAACCUUUCGUGAUCUUUGAGAUCCAGGUGCCAGAUUUCCCCCGCAAGGUGGAGCGUCCCGAGGUUGAGGCGGCCCUAGCAGACCUGGAACGGGAACGUUCGCACGGAUCAGGCCGUGGAUAUUCGCAGCCGCUGUCUGCCAGCAUGCAAUCAGUAAGAUCCUCACGGAGCAAGGCCUUAGAGUCUUUUGCCACGCAGAAGGGGGGUGUGCUAUGCGAAUCGCCUAUCUUGAAAUUCCUGAGAUCCUCCAUGGGUUCUUGA